ACACCACAGACACUGCUACAUCAACAUAAAUAUUUAUAAACUUGAUAAACUUACUCUUUCGACUCGACUUUAACCCAAGCGAGCUGCGAUAACAGCAGCAAGCGAAAUAGUGUAGCUAUUUAUGUAAAUAAAGUUUGGCGGUCAAAUUAAAAGGAUAAAUGGCACUUAAAGGUAUCAGAGUCGUUGAGAUGAUGGGAUUAGCCCCAGGCCCAUUAUGUGGAACAAUUUUAGCAGAUUUCGGAGCAAGCGUAACCGUGGUUCAAAAGAUGAAUCCAAGUCCUUUCGAUGUUAUGUCGAACGGAAAAAGAAUGAUAUCGUUGAAUUUAAAAACCGAAGAAGGUGUCAAUGUAUUAAAAAAGCUUUGUGCUACUUCAGAUGUUCUUCUGGAUACCUUUCGACCAGGCGUCAUGGAAAAAUUAGGACUGGGACCUGAACUUGUAAUGAAAGAAAACUCCCGUCUAAUCUAUGCUAGAUUAUCUGGAUAUGGUCAACACGGAUUUUAUAAGAAUAGCGCUGGGCAUGAUAUUAAUUACGUUGCCAUGUCUGGUAUCCUUUCAUUGCUUAGCAAAAAGCAAGAACCGCCAACACCGCCCCUUAACCUCCUCAGUGACUUCGCUGGAGGUGGAGUACUGUGCGCUCUGGGUAUAGUGAUGGCCUUGUUUGAGCGAACAAAAUCAGGGCAAGGACAAAUUAUAGACACAAGUAUGACGGAAGGAGCAGCAUACGUAGGAAAAUGGCUUUUUAAAUCAAGACAAUUGCCGAUCUGGUCUGGUGAACCCGGUACAAACCCCUUGGAUGGUGGAUUUGCUUGUUAUCAAACAUAUAGAACUAAAGAUGACAAGUUUAUGGCAGUUGGAGCACUAGAACCACAAUUUUAUUCCAAUUUUUUGAAAGGGUUGCAGUUACCUGAAGAAGAAUUUGAUCAAGUGGGUAAUAAUGAACACUGUAAAAAUAAAUUUCAAGAAAUAUUUUUGCAAAAGACCCAAGAAGAAUGGUGCGAGAUCUUUAAAGAUAUUGAUGCAUGUGUCACUCCUGUGUUAGACAUAGAUACAGUUGAUAAACACAAAUAUCGGGUAUCUGAUUCUUCUUUUCAUAGGGAUUCAAAUGACAUGGUGGUACCAGAACCAGCUCCUAGAAUGUCCCGCACACCAGGAAUAUCUAGUGCUCACAAGCCUUUGCCAAAGCCAGGCCACCAUACAAUAGAAAUAUUAAAUGAGUUAGGAUAUAGCAAACUUGACAUUGCAAAUCUUCUUCAAAAUGGGCAUGUGUAUGCAAUCAUAAAAUCCAAUUUAUAGUUGUGUAUAUAGUUUAUUUAUGGGAAAAGGGUUUUUAUCUCCUUUCUUAAUUGUAAAAAUUCUAGUUCUUUGGAACAUAAUAUUCUAUUAUUAAGGAAUACUGGAUGUACAUUUAUUAAGUCCAUAACUUGUAAUAUAUUUUUUAAAUCAAAUUUUAUUAUACUUAUUCCUAGUGAAUAUUUGUUACAGAUGACUCGUGGAUUCCCAUGUAAUUGUGAUAAUCUUUUUUUGGCUAUUGAACACAAAAAUGUCACAAAUGAUACAAAAUCCAUGCCAAAGUGAGAUUUUAGUAUCAUCUGACAUUCUUCUGGAUAUUCUGGUGAAUUUUCACAAUCUUUUAUUUGAUGUUCUACCAUUAACAAUGAUUUUUCUAAUGCUUUCCAUACUAUAUUUAUGUUACAAGCAUUUAUCCAAUUAUGAUUAAUGGAAAUCGUUUGUUUUUCAUUAAAAACUUGAUGAUGCCAUCCAGAUGGAACAAAUAGAGCAUCUCCUUUUUCUUGAACAAUUUCAAAGUACUUAACAUUGUGAUAUUUUUCUGGAUCAAAUAGUAAAGGCAAGUUACCAAA